AUGGAGAAACUCAAGACGCUGCUCGUUGCCAAUCGAGGCGAAAUUGCAGUCCGCAUCUGCAGGUCAGCCCGUAAGCUCGGCAUCAAAACCAUCGCCAUCUACACGGGAGCCGAUGCCGCCUCUGCGCACGUUGCGGCGGCCGAUGAGGCUGUUCUUCUCUCUGGACCCGAUGCAAAGGGCUACAUCGAUGCAGAGCACAUUGUUGAGAUUGCCAAAUCCAAAGGCGCCGACGGCGUCAUCCCUGGGUAUGGCUUUCUGUCUGAGAACACCGACUUCGCACGACAUGUGACAGACGCGGGCAUGGUCUUCGUCGGACCCAGUCCUAAGUGUAUCGAGGACUUUGGGAUCAAACAUACCGCCCGCGAGCUUGCGGCAAAGGCAGACGUCCCCGUCGUCCCCGGCACCAAAGGUCUUGUGGGCUCGGAAGAAGAAGCGGUGGCAGAAGCCCAACGACUAGGCUUUCCUGUCAUGCUCAAAGCCACAGCAGGAGGCGGUGGCAUGGGUUUGUUAGCAUGCAGUGACGAGAAGGAGGUCCGCGAGUCCUUCAACACCGUCAAGUCUCGUGGCGAGACCCUCUUCAAGAACUCUGGUCUCUUCAUCGAGAAGUAUUUCCCGGCAGCGCACCAUAUCGAAGUCCAGGUCUUUGGCAACGGUCUUGGUCAGGCGAUCCACUUCGGCGAACGCGAGUGCUCUAUCCAGCGACGCCAUCAGAAAGUGAUCGAGGAAUGUCCUAGCCCGUUUCUUGCUAAGGCUGGGCACCCUGAGCUGCGAGAGAAGCUGGGUUCGGCUGCUGUACGGCUCGCCGAAUCAAUCAAGUAUGGGUCCGCCGGAACCAUCGAGUACCUUGUGGAUGACAAGUCUGGCGACUUCUUCUUUCUCGAGAUGAACACGAGACUGCAAGUCGAACACGGGAUUACCGAACUGUGCUAUGGGGUCGAUCUGGUAGAACUGAUGCUAAAGCAGGCUGACGCAGAGCUUUGUGGGAAGGGUGGCCUGGCCGCCGAGUAUCUCCGUAGCCUUCAACCAAAGGGCCCGACGGGAGCGGCCAUCGAGGUGCGAGUCUACGCCGAAAACCCGGCCAAGAACUACGCUCCUUCUCCAGGGACGCUGCAGCACGUGUCGUGGAAGGACGUUCCAGGGUCCAGGGUCGAUGGCUGGGUCCACACCGGCACGAAAGUCACCUCGUUCUACGAUCCUUUGCUCGCCAAGGUCAUGGUGCACGCUCCCGAGAGAGCCGAGGCCAUCGAUCGAAUGAUCGACAUGCUCGAGGGCUCCAAGAUCUCGGGGCCACCCACGAACAUGGAGUUUCUGGCGGAAAUCCUAAAGGACAGCACGUUCCGAGGCGGGAGGACCAUCACCAAGUUCCUCGACACAUUCGAAUACCAGCCUCAUGCGAUCGACGUCUUGCAAGGUGGAGCGUACACGCUGGUGGAAGACUGGCCGGGUAGGCCAACCGUGGGCAAAGGCUUCUCGCACGCCGGUCCCAUGGAUCCUGUGGCUUUCCGGAUCGCCAACGCCCUCGUGGGCAACCCUACCGGCAAAGAAGGGCUGGAGAUCACACUGAGUGGACCAGACCUUAGGUUUCUGGGGCCUGCCAUCGUGGCACUCUGCGGAGCACCCAUGGAGGUCAAGCUCGACGGAAAGGCUGUGUCGAUGUGGACGCGGAUCAAGGUCGAAGCCGGCCAACGCUUGACGGUGGGUAAGACGACCGGCGGAGGAUGCAGGUCGUACCUGGGCAUCUAUGGCGGCCUGCCGAGCAUCGCCACAUGGUUUGGAUCCAAGUCGACCGCCCCAAUGACCAACGUGGGCGGAUACCAAGGCAGGGCGCUUGCCGCGGGCGAUCUCUUGAUGAUAACCAAGGAUCUUCCGGAGAUUCAAGGCGAGCUGAAACUGCCAGACCAUCUGAUCCCGUCGUAUCCGGCAGAAUGGGAUUUGUUUGCCAUGCCUGGCCCCUAUGACGACGGCUUUAUCAUGGAGGACUUUACGGAGGAGUUCUACAACAGCACGUACACCGUCUCACACAACGCUGCGCGCGGAGGCAUCCGGCUCCUGGGUCCGAAACCGAGAUGGGCGCGGUCUUCCGGCGGUGAAGGCGGCGCCCAUCCUUCGAAUCUGAUCGAAUAUGGCUAUCCUCUCGGUACGCUGAACUGGACUGGCGACGACCCAUGCCUGUUCCCCGUGGACGCACCGGACUUUGGCGGGUUCGUGUCGGCCACGACCAUCGUGAAGGCUGACUACUGGCGCAUGGGUCAGAUGAAGGCCGGCAACAAACUGCGAUUCCGGCGGAUCUCGUACGACGACGCAAUUGCCAAGCGGAAAGAAGUCGAAUCCUUCCUUGACCUCAUCCACGAGUGCUGCCAUGGACAAGCCAAGUUCGAGGACGUGUCCCCGUUGAAGUAUGAAGGAUUUCCUCCUUCCACGCAGAACAAGGGCUGGGGGUCGGCCCUGAUCCAUCAGAUCCCCGAGCAAGGCAGUCAACCAUUGGUCUCGUAUCGACAAGGAGGCGACGACUUCAUCAUCAUCGACUACGGCCAUGGCUCGUUCGAUCUCAACUACAGAUGCCGUGCCGUCGCCCUGUACCGGAAGCUGAAGGAGGGCACUGGCACUGGCGACAUGGACAUCUCGUUCGCGAAUGGCGCGAUGCACACCGGUCUGGCGGCGGGCAACUCCCUCAUGAUCUACUUCGAUUCCCUCAAGCUGCCGAGACCGAAGCUGCUGGAUCAUCUGCUGAAGCUGGAGACGGAGCUGGGCGACUUGAGCGAGGCCAAAUUCCCCAGUCGCAAAUACAGACUGCCAAUCACCUUUGAGAGCAAGAGACAGCGGGACAGUCUGCAGAGGUACAUGGAGACGCAAAGACCCUAUGCAUCCUACCUGCCUGAUCCGAUGGAGUUUGUGGCCAAGGUCAACGCAUUGACCAAACAAGAGCUCAAGGAUAUCUUCACCAAAUCUUCCCUGAUGGUAGUCGCGGUAGGAUUCUUCGUGGCGCUGCCAGUCGCUCUGCCCAUCGAUCCGCGACAACGCAUCCAAUGUCCGAAGAUGAACCCGUCUCGCAUCCACACGCCCGAAGGCCAGGUCGGCUGGGGAGGGUCGUGCAUGGCCAUCUACAGCGUCGAAUCGCCCGGCGGAUACAUGAACACGGGCCUGUCCAUCCCCGGCGCGGACGUGCUGGGCUACAAGAAGGGAUAUAGUCCCGAGAAGCCGUGGCUGUUUGAGGACUUUGACCAGAUCACCUUCUACGAGGUCUCCGAGGACGAGUACGAGGACAUGAUGGCCACCUUCCGCAGCGGCCGCUACGAGUAUGAAUACGAGGACACGGUGUUCGACAUGAAAGAGCACAAUCAACUCCUCAGGGACACCAAGGACGAAGUGGCCCAGAUCCGCGCCAGACGCCGUGAGGCCCAGGCCGAGAUGGACAAGCUGGAGAAGGACCUCUUGGCCAAAUGGAACAAGGAGAAGGAAGCCAACCAGAUCAGCACAAAUACUAUCGAGGAAUUGCUUCAUGAUCCGGAAAUCAUCCCAGUCGAGGCGCCGCUCAACGCCAAUGUCUGGAAAAUCGAGGUCAAGGAAGGCGACGUCGUCAAAGCCGAGCAGAUCGUUUCUAUCCUGGAGGCCAUGAAGCUCGAGAUCCCCGUCAAGACAGAGCCCGACAUGGCGGGUGCCAAGGUGGAGAAGUUGCUGGUUAAGCCGAACGAUGUCGUUGAGGCUGGGAAGCCGUUGCUGCUGCUGCGACGCAAAGCGAAAUGA